CUAGAUCGCUCCGGAACGGUUCUAGGUCGCUCCGGAACGGUUCUAGGUCGCUCCGGAACGGUUCUAGGUCGCUCCGGAACGGUUCUAGAUUGCUCUGGAACGGUUCUAGAUGGCUCUGGAACGGUUCUAGAUGGCUCUGGAACGUUCUGGAAUGUUCUGGAAUUCUCUGGAACAUUCUGGAAUGAUUCUGGAUUGCUCUGGAACAUUCUGGAAUGUUCUGGAACGUUCCUUUCCCUUGCAGCCCUGUUACCUGCGGGAUUGGGAGAUGCAGGUUCACUUCAAGAUCCACGGGCAAGGCAAGAAGAACCUGAACGGGGACGGUUUCGCCAUCUGGUACACCAAGGACAGGAUGCAGCCGGGACCCGUUUUCGGGAGCAAGGACAACUUCCUGGGGCUGGGGGUGUUCGUGGACACCUAUCCCAACGAGGAGAAGCAGCAGGAGGUGAGGCACGGACUCUUCAUCCUCCUCUUCCUCCUCCUCUUCAUCCUCCUCCUCCUCCUCCUCUUCAUCCUCGAUAAUGAUGGAAUAAAACCUUGGGAUGAGCCUGGAAUAAACCAGGAUGAGCCUGGAUUUGAGUUUUGGGAUUUACGGCUCCCUCCCGCAGAAUUCCCAGUUUUUCUGCCGCUUUUCCCAGACAACCACGACAUCAUCUCUCUGAAGCUGUACCAGCUGACGGUGGAGCGGACGCCGGAGGAGGAGAAACGAGAUCGGGAAGUUUUCCUGCCCGUGGUGGAUAACCUGAGGCUGCCGGGGAGUGAGUGGGGGCUGGGCCGGGUUGGAGGGGAAAUGGACCCUGGGUUUGGGGUCAUGCCAGAGGUUUGGGCUGGGAUGGGAUGUCAGAAUCCCAAAAUCCCAUCCUAAAUCCCAUCUUAGAAUAUUAUCCCAAAAUCCCAAACUGCCAUCCUAAAAUCCCAUCACAAAA